AGAUCCCUUUUGAUCCCUCUGGAUUCUCUCUUCUUUAAAAACCACUUUCCCUAAAAGGAAGAAACCAAAGUAGAGGUCACGAAGAGGAACAAAAUUUGCAUUCAACUUCAACGCUUUUUACACUGGAAAGGCCAAGAUAGGUUCCAAACAAGGUAGGACCCGACAUUCUUCUCAACUUUCUCUGUUCUUCGUCUCCAAAUCUUCUCUAUUUAUUCACUUAAAUUUCCCUCUUUUCUUCCACAAAUUCAAGAAAUCCUUCUUCAGUUCAAGAUUUCAUUUCCUCCUCAACUGUGCGAAUACUACAAUAAUGUCUACAUGCUGGUGUCGCCGGUUCACUCCCGGCGGUGCCGAGCGUCUCCUUCGGCCUACGCUUCGGAAACCGUAUCGUGGGAUCGCGAUUUCACCGUCUCUGAUUAAUCAAAGACGGAAGAUCGAUCUGAGAUCGGAAAGAUGGAAUAGGCAGAGAUUAUUGAUUGUGAAAUCAAUCGGAUCAGAAAGCUUAAGCGAGGGGAAUUGCACUCCGUGUUUGCACGGUGUGGAGGAGAAAAAAGAGUCGGUGAAGCAAAGCAGCAUCGUCGAGAAGGAGGAGGAUGGUCGGCGGCGUCGAGAUCGUGAUCGGACGGUGGAAGUGUUGGUGGCAGCGACGGCGACGGUGGUUUUGGGAGUAGGAAAUAGGGUUCUCUACAAGCUCGCUCUCGUCCCUCUCAAGCACUACCCUUUCUUUCUCGCUCAGCUCGCCACGUUCGGAUAUGUGCUGGUGUACUUUUCUGUAUUGUAUGCCCGCUAUCAUGCUGGCAUUGUAACUGAUGAGAUGCUUUCCUUGCCAAAAACUCCAUUUCUACUUGUUGGUCUGUUUGAGGCUCUUGCUGCGGCUUCUGGAAUGGCAGCUGGAGCUGUACUUUCUGGGGCAUCCAUUCCAAUAUUGUCUCAGACCUUUCUUGUGUGGCAGCUUCUCUUGUCAGCUAUUUUCCUUGGGAGAAAAUAUAGAUUCAAUCAAAUUCUUGGAUGCUUUCUUGUCUCUGUUGGUGUAAUAAUAACUGUUGCAAGUGGAUCUGGCGGUGGUCUUUCACUGAAAGAUGCUGGAAUCUUUUGGGCACUUCUGAUGAUUACAUCCUUUUUGUUUCAAGCUGGUGAUACAGUGUUGAAGGAAGUUAUUUUCUUGGAUGCUCGUAAACGGUUAAAAGGUGGUUCUGUAGAUCUUUUUGUUGUGAAUUCCUAUGGAUCUGGUUUCCAAGCACUGUUUAUAUGCCUUCUGCUACCUUUUCUAUCGAAGUUAUGGGGUGUUCCAUUCCUUCAACUGCCAAGCUAUCUCAGAGAUGGAGCAGCAUGUUUCCUAAACAUCGGUACUUUAUCAACUGGAUGCGAAGGGGCACCGUGGCUGCCAUUGCUGUUUGUAAUUGUUAAUAUGGGCUUCAACAUAUCACUGCUACACCUCCUGAAGAUCUCUUCUGCUGUGGUUUCUUGCCUCGCGUCCACUUUUUCAGUACCUCUCUCGGUCUACGCUUUCACACUCCCUCUCCCCUACAUCGGUGUCGCCUCCUCUCUUCCUAAUGGCUUCGUCGCUGGUGUCGCCGUUCUUGUCUCCGGCCUCCUCAUCUACUGCUGGUCUUCCUCCGCCACUACCACCACCACCGCCACCCCCUCCACCACCACCCCCUCCUCCCUUGACCACCCUCAUCAUGCCUAGAGCCCCUCAAAUGGGUUCUUUUCUUUUUCUCUGUAUGUGCUCGAGAAGAAGAAGAAAUCAGGAAGAUGAACAGUGGAUGAGGCUGAAGACUCAAGAAAAUGUACUAUUAGUAUAAUCAAACCAAUAAAUAAUGAAAGAAAGAAUAAAGGGGAUGCAAAAUUGGAGAUCUAUCUGCAACCGAUAUCCUCUGUUACCCCUUCUCUUUUUGGAAUAUUGGAUUAUUUACAUGAAAUAUGGAAGACUAGAGGAGAAGAGAGAGAUA